GCUCCAGGAGCUUGGCUGCCCGAAUCCCAACCACAUCCACAGCUCCAGCUCUGUCACACUGACAGCGCUGGGCUACCGCUACCACCAACACACACACACACACACAGGCGGCCCGAUAUCACUGACAGCUAAACGGGACAUACGCUCGCAAGGAAAGUGGGCAAGAAACUUCCAGGGAGGAGAAAAAAAAAGUUUUCCCCCAUCUCCCACCCUACUUCCCCCCCACCCCCCCCUUCCCUCCACCCUCAAUCCAGUUUAUCGAGUCGUUUAAGUGAUCCGCAGCGAGUGAGGAAGAAAUACUGUCAACAGACGGGAAAAUGGGAGCGUCUGGCACUGGAAUCUUGCACCCGGUUUUGAUCCUUCUUCUGGGGUUAGGGAUGCAAGCACAAGCAAUGACCACGGUGACUGCAAUGGUUGGAGAUACUGUAACAUUGUUUUGUGAGGCGAACAGAGAUGGUGAUUUGUCCUUGGUGUCAUGGAGAAUGAAAGUAAGUGAAACGGACAAUGAACAACUAAUUUCAUUUUCACCAACUAAAAAUGCAGUAACAUACAAAGAGGUUUCUGGAUACAAGGACAGGAUAAUUAUGAAUAAGGACUACUCCUUAAAUAUCUCUAAUGUUGGAAUUCAGGAUGAAAAGAUAUUUUCCUGCUUCACCCUGGUGCAAUCAGACAUAAAUGAAGUUCCAGUCUCACUCAAAAUUUACAAAAAACCAUCUAAUCCUGAAAUUGUGGAACUAGCUGCAUUCUUAGAAGAAGGGAAACUACAGGAGGUUGGUGUGUGUGUUGUGAACAAUAGCUACCCUGUUGCCAACAUUACCUGGCAGCAUAAUUUUCAGAAUGUCGACCUCAGCAGCUCAGCCAAUGAUAGAGUUGUUACUAGUGAAAAAGGUUAUUACAACACAAUAUCUUCUCUGAAGUACACGUCAAAGAAGGGGGAGGGAAGAGUUUCUUUCACCUGCAUAGCAACUUACUUUGAAGACCAAGACAGAACAGCAUCUAAAAAAUCUUCGCCUGUCACUUUGUUUGUACACUACAAAACUUCAAAAGUUUCAUUGCAAGUGACCCCAGCGCAAGACGUCGAAGAAGGGACAAAUGUCACACUAUCGUGCUCGGGUGAUGGGUAUCCUCCACCAGACGCAUUCGUCUUCAUCAAAAAUGGAGAGGACAAACCUGUCAGCAUGGACCAGUAUGAACUGAUUAAUGUGACGCAAGAGGAUACCGGUGAAUACACAUGUUCACAACAAGAUAACCCUGACAUAAAGGAUGCUGUAAACAUCACUGUGCACUACUUGGCUUUGACUGUGAAUCUGAGUGAAAAUGUCUCUAAGAUGGUUGGGGAGAAUAUGACCCUGGAAUGCAUUGCUAAGUCUUCUGGAACUGUGGAUGUUACCCUGAUGAAAAAGAAUAAGGUUUUCCCAAAUCCCUUCAUGGUGGAGUCACUGCAGUACGUGCAUUCUGGUAGUUAUACCUGCUUAGCCAAAAUAAAGGAAGUGAAGGAAAUGAAGAGAGAAAAAACAGUAAUUGUACGAGUGGAAGGAAAGCCAAGGAUAAAUAAGUUGACAAAGAAGGUUGUGAACAAUGCUAAAGUGAUCAGCUGUGUUGUGGAAGGAUUCCCCAAGCCCACUGUGCAGUGGAGCAUCAAUGGGACAUCUCCAAGAGAAGAAUCAGUAAAGGACAAAAAAUCACAGUGGAACCACAGGAUAACAGUACAGCCUUCAGAGAACAUUACAGUAACAUGCACAGCCAUAAACCCCCAUGGACAGGAUCAAGAUACAGUGAAUCUAACUGCCAUGCGAUUCAAGGAACCAGUGGAUGAAACUCUUGAACAAGACCCUUUAGACCCAAACAAUAAGAAUGACAACAGCAAAGGCAAUGACCAGGCCAAGGUGAUAGUGGGAAUCAUCGUAGGCCUACUAAUAGCUGCAGUCAUCGCUGGUGUGGUUUACUGGUUGUACAAAAAGAAAAGCCCAACAUCAAAAACCAAAACCAACGAAAGAGGCACAGCUGAUGAGAUCAAAAAGAUAAAUAAGGGAGAUAACAACCACACAUCAGGUUCCUCAGCUGUAUAACUGCGUUGCCUCAACAAGCCAGGGAAAGAAAACAUCUAUUAAGAUACAGAUUGGCCAAGGACAUGAUUGCCAUUGAAACAGUGAAUUGCAAGAUAUGCUGAAAUCGGCAGCGAGUUGAAAUUGCCGUGCUCCACCACCACUGGCAAUGCCUUAUCUCUAAGACACAGAAAUACAAAUAUCUCCAGCUGCAUAUCCAAAUAUUUUUAAUGAAACACAUUGAAUCUGUUUGUUACUCUGAGGGCUGAAAUCACAUUUUACUUGAGCAGUUGUACACAAGGGGAAAUUAUCUCCUUUCAGAUACAAUGGUGAGGUAAAUAUGCAGUAACUUUUCAUUGCAUUCAACACAUAAAGCACAUGAUUAAUAUUAGGAAGAGGUGACUGAGAUAUUUCUUACUCACACUAAGGGACUCAGUCCUCUAAGGGAUAAUGUAAACUGCCCCAUUGCAACAAGUGAGGGUUUUUUUAAAAAAAUGUGUUUCAUUGUUUUGAAUAUCUGCACUGAUGUGUUUGCUUUAAAUGUUAAUAUAAUUUUCCAGGGGGUGGUGAAUGCUUUCAUAUGCCAUUUCCUUAUGGCAUUGGUUUAUGGGUUAAUGUGGUCAUACUUCAAAUGUAUUUUUUUAAAUAUUAGCUUCAGGUUAAUUUCCAUGGCAAUUCUGGGCAGUAAGAGUUGGUACAAAGCAAGAAAUCCACCAGUUGAGUUGAUAAACAUUGUUACACUUCAGUGGAACUUCCAUUAUCCUCAAUGGAGGAAAUCCUUAGCAGAUAACUAAAUCUCUGAAUUUUAGUAUUGGAUGUGUGGUACAGCAAUCACGUAGAAAUGGGAAGGAAGAUAAGUAACUAUAUAUUGAAUUUAAACGUUCUGGGUUGCAAAGUUUAUUUAUGUUGGGGGAGGUUGAGCUUAAUGAGCUGUUGGAAAAGGGCAACAACUCAUGCAAUGCUUUAAGCCUUCAAAUAUUCUGAUACUUAAUCAGGCUGAUUGAUAUCAGAGCACAGAUAAUGGAGGUUCCACUGGCUCUCAUCAAUUACUGGCUUGCAUUUAAAUUUUCCUGAUCUUUGUCUCAGCCUUGCUGCUAGUUUAACCAACUAGUUGCACAGCGUUAAGCACUCUGUGUAAUGGCCAAUUUCAAUUUGGUAGAAUAUGUCUGUUUUUACAGUGAUGUAUCCUCCAGCCCUCACACUCGCAUUAUGUUGGAAAAAAGCGCAUUCACAUAUUUUCAUCCAUUGUGCCACCCAACAGGACUGGAAAAAGGGAAGAGAUGUGUGCUCAAUUAAUGCAUCUUUUUAUACUAAUCUUAACUGAGGCAUCUACAGAUAAUGUUCUUAAAUAGUGUCAUAGAGCAGAUGGUAUCCAAGAAGGUAUGAAAAAUAUUAGAAGCCAAAUACAAAUGAUAAAUAGGAAUCCAGCUAUUUUGUUUACAAGCACGCAACUAAAUCAUUUGACAACUCAGCAACUUGGUUUAUGGCAUUUGUGCAUUAUGUAGACAAAUGAGCAAAAACAUUGAGGAUGGGAAAAGUGUAGCAUUGUAAAUACACCCAAUGAAGGUGUUUACAAUGUCAUUGCGCGCUGACUGGAUCCCUAUAUGGAUUUGACCAAACAAAAAUGGGUUUUUUGUUAAGAUAAAUGAAAGUUGAAGCUAGCAAUUAAACAGGUGUUUAAUUUACCAUAAAUGUACUAUAUGUCUGGACAUUGUGGGAUGUCUGAAUACACAUGAAUGCUAAGAUUGUGCACGUUUAAGGAAUUUAUUCACUUAGUUUCUGUGGUGACCUGAUAUAUGGGCUACUUUUUUCUUUGCAAACUACAAUCUUCAUUUCUGUGAUGCCCCUUAUUUCAUGUACUGGAGUGAGAUUUAGACUUAAAAUAUUCGCCAGAUGUUUGUUGUAGCACAUUCACAGAGGUUGUGAACCCUUAGAAAUUCACUUACCUCUGCAGCAUAUUUAUAUAUUACUGUAUGUUAGCAGUGCAGGCAAUUAACUAAAUUUGGGUCAUUUAAAAUGACAUAUUGCUCAUUAAUCCAUGAUAUGGUGAAUACUAUGUUUUUGUUAUAUAGGUACAUAAGCGUACACUAGAUGGAUCUAAUGGCUUCACAAAGACUUAUGUCUCAAAAUUACACACAUCUGGGGAAAAAUAACGAUGUCUUCUAAUCCUGCAACAUGAACCCACACAGCCCCACUCGUAUCAUUAACAAAAAUACGUUGGCGGUUGCAUGGAAAAGUGGAUGAAACUGUGUGCAAACAUCACUAUAAACCCCUGUAAUAAAAAUGGAAUUUAACUUAUUCGAUUAUAUGGCGGUGGCCCAAAUUAGUUAGCCUGAUUCCCUGUACAAAGACAGCCCAUGAUCUUUAAUCUUUCCAGUUUGCUAAAAAAAAUAAAUGUUUCGAAGCUUUAAA